AGUUCCUCCCACCUUCAAGAUACAUCAUCAGAAGAUGUACGGGCUCCUAGUCUUUAAACGGGAAAACCUCACCCUCAGGAUUACUGUGGGGUCGCUGUAAGAGGACAGCGAGCAUGUUUACAGCUGAUGUAGAGCCGUUUGAAUUUGUCAGUUUGGCCGGAGUGCCACUUUAAUGUUAGCCAGAACUUACAAACUGCCGCUAGAUGUCACUGUUGCUCUUCUCUGAACACUUCAUGACAAAUCCGUGUGCUACGUCAUUUCCGGACUGUCAGAAGCACGGAUGUGAGCGCAGGAAAAAAUGACCUCCGUCGAAAUGACACUAGAAUAGCUUUAUUUUGGGACUUUCUCGUUUGCUGGUACAACUUCUGCUGCCCAGGCCGUCGUAUCUGUGAGUGUUGUGUCAUGAUGGCGGGGCUGUUUUCGUGCUGCUUCGACUGCGGUCGUGGAAACUCGGGCCACGUAACCCUGAAAGAAAUGCCAACGGUCCAGCUAGACACGCAUCACAUGGGCACCGAUGUUGUCAUUGUGAAAAGUGGCAGAAGAAUAUGUGGCACAGGUGGCUGCAUUGCAAACGCCCCUCUCCAUCAGAACAAGAGCUACUUUGAGUUUAAGAUUCAGUCUACAGGUGUUUGGGGAGUAGGGGUAGCAACGCAGAAAGCUAACCUUAACCAGGUCCCACUGGGUAGGGAUGCACACAGCUUAGUGCUGAGGCAAGAUGGAACUGUGUACCAUAACAACGAGGAGAAGAACCGGCUACCAGCUAACAGUCUGCCGCAGGAAGGAGACAUUGUGGGUGUUACUUAUGACCAUGUGGAGCUGAAUUUGUAUCUAAAUGGAAAGAACAUGAACUGUCCAGCAUCAGGCAUUCGAGGAACAGUUUUCCCUGUAGUAUACGUGGAUGACAGUGCAAUAUUGGAUUGUCAGUUUAGUGACUUCUACCAUGCUCCUCCACAAGGCUACCAAAAGAUUCUUUUUGAACAACAGAUAUUCUGAUCUUCGGAGGCACUCCAUGUACAUCAGCUUUCCAGUUGUGUCUGUUCCAGCUCAGAGACAGAAACGAAUCACUAUAUGUUUGUGAUUAUGUGGCUGAUGCUUUGCUCUGCUGGUUCAAAAGUGCAACAUGCCAGUGUUACGUCUUCAGUGAUUUUUGCUCAUGUAGAAUUGAUCCAUGUUGGCAGUUAGAACACUCCUUGUUUGCCCUGUUUUAUGUACUUAUUAACCAUUUUUAUUUGCAUUAUUUAAUUUAAAGAUUCUGUAUAUUCCUCCAAAUUUCCGGCACUUUGCUUUAGACUACACACCAUGUGCUGCUUUAAAAAAACACUCUUACAUGCAUUUGAUUAUUGUUGUAAUGCAAUCUUGUUAUGAAUUCUUGAACGUUUGACCGACAUCAGGGGCAUAAUUAUUUUGAAUAUUACAACUGACAAUUACAGCUGACCUACAGUGUCUCUGUCAAAAAGUAAAAGAUGUAACAAUCAUGCAGUAUUGCCAGAUGCUUUCCAAUGGAAAUAAUGCAAAAAUUCAAACCAAAUCCAGAAUAUUUUAUUCUGUAUAUUUAUGUUAGACACAAAAAUUCUGAAAUGAAAAUUUUUACACUGUAGUUGUUUCACUGUUGCAGCCGUAUCUCAGUGCAAGCGUUUUUUUUUGUUUGUUUGUGGUUUUUUUUGUAAAACCCACUAAAACCACAUACUUUCACUAGAUAUCAAUUCAUCUAACUUUGUCAUAGUUCACUACAUUUUUCAUAUUGUGUAACUUCCUUCUUAUUCUAUAUUAUGAUAAGGUUCUUUCUAACUUUACUUGACUGACAUGUUGUAAUAAGGAAAGUUAUAAGAGAUAAUAUCAUAUUAUGUGGGGGGCAGAAAAGAAAGAUGUAGUGCCUAUACUGAGUAUUUUAUACACAGAGUGAGAUGUUUUAAGAGGUUUUAAGUUAUACUGUUUUUGUUCAGAAACAUUAAAUGUAAAAAUAGCCUGUCAUGUGAUAUCCAUAAUGUUUUGUAUGCACUAAUCAGUCAUGUUAUUUGUGUUGUAUUUGUUGGUAAAGUAAUAAAGACAUUGCUCUUUGGUAGAA